UGAGACAAUUUUACUAGUUGUCAGUGUCGUAGGCACCAGCGUAAACAGCUGCUGGAUACAGAAGAAAACAAACUCUUACGUGAUAUCGUUCUGUCGUCAUGGGAAAUGCCGAUACAAAACUACAUUUCAGAAAGGCGGUCGUUCAGCUCACUACGAAAACUUCUCCAAUAGAUGCAUCUGAUGACUCAUUUUGGGAUCAAUUUUGGGGUGAUCAUGUGACGACUAUCCAGGAUGUCUUUGCCCUUAUUCCUGCAGCAGAAAUACGAUCGUUAAGAGAGGAAGCUCCUUCUAAUUUAGCCACAUUAUGCUAUAAAGCAGUGGAGAAGUUAGUGAGGGCUGCAGACACAGGCUGUUCUACUCAUCAAGAACAACAAGUUGUUUUGAAUUGUGUAAGGAUAUUGAUGCGAGUCAUCCCGUAUAUUUUUGAGGAUCCUGAUUGGCGAGGAUUUUUUUGGUCCAGUCUUCCAGCAGGUGGAGAAGAGGAAGGUUCUGGAGAUUCAGUUCCCCUAGCACACAGUUUAAUUCAUGCUCUUUGUGAUCUCCUGUUUUGCCCUGACUUCACUGUGACUACAAACAAAAAAUCUGGACCGGAUAAACAUGAAGAUUUACAAAGUAUAGAUAGUUGUGAGUUUAUAUGGGCAUCAGGAGUGGGAUUUGCACAUUCGCCACCGCAUGUUCCAAGUCAAGAUGUAAAUCGUACGGAAAUAUUGAAGCUCAUUCUUACUUGCUUUAGCCAGAGUAUAUACCAACCAUCAUCAGAUGGAACAGACGCAACUAAUCGAUGGAUAGCUGUUUUCACUUCUGCAGACAACCGUCAUGCAUUACCUCUCUUCACGUCGUUACUAAACAUCGUAUGUGGCUACGAUCCUGUUGGAUUUGGAGUUCCCUACAACCAUCUUCUGUUUUCAGACUCUCGAGAACCUUUGGUUGAAGUUGCGUUACAAAUUCUUAUUACAACCUUAGACCACGACAUAACUGCUGGGUGUGCAGAUAUUGAAGAACCAAAUACUGUCUCUGACAAUUUAUUUAUAAACUACCUGAGCCGUAUACAUCGUGAGGAAGAUUUUUCUUUUGUUCUGCGAGGCUUCACAUGGCUACUGAAUAAUCCAUUGCAACAGACUUACCUUCCACAUUCCACUAAGAAGAUUGGCUUUCAUCAAGAGUUACUAGUAUUUUUCUGGAAGUUUUGUGAUUAUAAUAAGAAAUUCCUCUUCUAUGUGCUGAAGAGCAGUGAUGUUUUGGAUGUGUUGGUACCUAUCUUAUAUCAUUUGAAUGAUGCUCGUGCUGACCAGUCCAGGGUAGGACUUAUGCAUAUUGGUGUUUUCAUCCUCUUACUACUUAGUGGCGAGAGGAACUUUGGAGUCCGUUUGAACAAACCCUAUACAGCUUCUGUACCCAUGGACAUACCCGUUUUUACUGGGACACAUGCAGAUCUUAUGAUUAUUGUAUUUCAUAAGAUUAUCACUACAGGACAUCAGCGUCUCCAGCCACUCUUUGACUGUCUUCUGACCAUAUUGGUUAAUGUUUCACCUUAUAUUAAAACAAUGUCAAUGGUAACAGCAAACAAGCUCUUGCAUCUCUUGGAAGCAUUUCAACGCCGUGGUUUUUGUUUGUUUUCAGCGCCUCACCAUCACCAUUUAGUAUUUUUCCUACUAGAAACAUUUAAUAAUAUCAUUCAGUAUCAGUUUGAUGGUAAUAGCAAUCUUGUGUACACUAUCAUAAGAAAGAGACAAGUUUUUCAUGCAUUAGCCAAUUUACCAACGGAUUGUGGGAGCAUAAACAAGUCUCUGAACAGAAGAGGGAAGAGAACACUACUUAGACAACCCUCCACAGAAUCUACACGAAGCACUACCAAAACCAUGGAAGGAGCUCAGCCAGCCCAGCCUGCCCAACCUGGGACUAAAACUGCCACUUUAGCUGCUAUGCCAGGUCUUGAAAAAAUGACUGAAAAGGAAUCUGCACAUCCUACGAUUCAGCAACUUGACGAGUUAACAACAUCGUCUACAGUUAAUGGUAAUUUAGUUGGGCCUAUAUCACCUACGUCUUUAGUUCCUCCUACCUCUAUUGGGGAGGAGAAUUCUUCUUCAGCUUCUACAAGUAUGUCUCCUCCAGUUCCCCUUGGUACCAGUAUUCAGCCACCAACUGAAGACCAAAAUCUACCCGACGUUGAGAACCUGGAGAUAUCAGAAAAGGACCAUGAGGAGAGUGUGUUAGUGGAUGAAGACAGAUUAUGUGAUUGGCUUGGACAACCAGGGGACACAAGUGACAGCCUACUCCUAAGUGAUAUUCAUGAAGAUUCACAAAUGCAGUCAUCUUCAAUGCCUGCACGACCUGAGAGUCCAGCGAUGUCAUUGCAGUCAGCCCAUUCUGAAUCCUCAGGGCCAAGUACCUUAUCCAAUGCCCAGUCAGAGUCAAGAGCAUCUGCAUUGGGGGGCUCUGCAUCUCAGCAGUGGGCACCCAAUUCAGCUUGGGUUCUUAGUUGGAAGACAAAACUUCCACUGCAGACCAUUAUGAGACUUCUCCAAGUUCUUGUACCUCAGGUGGAGAAAAUAUGUAUUGACAAGGGUUUGACAGAUGAAAGCGAAAUCUUGCGCUUUCUGCAGCAUGGAACAUUAGUUGGUCUUUUGCCUGUACCACAUCCUAUCCUCAUACGCAAGUAUCAAGCAAAUGCUGGCACUGCUACAUGGUUCCGAACAUACAUGUGGGGUAUCAUUUACUUAAGGAAUGUUGACCCUCCUAUUUGGUAUGAUACUGAUGUGAAGCUUUUUGAAAUUCAAAGAGUGUAAGGUAAUACAUUUAUGAAAAUACACUUUCUCCGAUUUGAAUCUCUUGUAUUCGGCAAUUAUCAACAAACUACUGAAUAUGUUUGGGUGAAUUUUUUUUAGAAAUUUAUGUUUUAAACUUAUACUAUGUAAGAUAAACCUCCAUUUUAGUACAUUAUUUACCCAUUUUAAAGUGAUUUUAAAAUUAUAUAUUACUGAGUGAACAUCAAACAUUUUUUGUGCUCGAUUAGUCCUUUAUAUGGCUGUCACAAUGGCUGUGUGUAGUGUGAAGUCAUUCUGUAAGAUUUUCACUGAAUCUGAAGUUUUAAGUUUGCAGAAAACUUAUGAAGCAUUGUGUCCUGAUGCUAAUAGUCACUGUGUAAACAAACUGAAAUAAAACGUAUGAGAGCAUUUGAAAAACUAGGCUUAAAGUCCUUCAUCAUAUCAAUUGGAUCUGAGAAAUUUUGCUGUACAUUAGCAUUAGUUCUUGUUAGAUAGAUUAUGCUGUCAUGUAGCUAGACAUUGAAAUGAAGGAUAUUUGUUUAUGCUUUAGAAGACAUGUUAAUAUUCAUACAGUUUUUUUUUUAUUCAUUUUAUAACAUGUUUUUUUAUUAACCUGAAGAUAAUGCCAUGGCCGUAAAUGGAUCUUGCAUUGUUAAAUUUAAGAAAUGUGAGUUUUUAUUGUAAAAGGCAGCAGACAUUGGUUCAAUGCGCUAGACCAUUUUGGUAACAGAGAGCUUGAUAAGUUUUGGUAAUAGAGAGCUUGAUAAGUUUUGCAAGAUUUUUAGUUUUUUUUUUUCCAUUUUCUUGAAUCGUUCCUAUUUUCUGUUCAUUUAUUCAGUUGUAUACCUUUUCAGACCCCUAAUGCCUUUUUUGUGUGGGUGCUAAGGUACUUGAGUAAUGCUGAAGAUAGUUAUCUUUGGUAGCUUGGUUAUAUCACACAACCCUAUGUAAUAUGCUCUCAUUAUGUAUACUUAUUUUGUACACAUUGGGUAAAGCACUAGAUUUUCCCCUCAUGAAAAACUU